AUGUCCAAAUUUCUAACCCUGCGUCGUCCCACAACGAUAUCAAAAUUACUCGAACUAGUGCCGCAAGAUCCGGAUACACUUCCGCGUGAAGUCGUUCCGCAAUGGAUCGAUCUGAUACCCUCGGUGAAACUUCCCAAUCGUUGCUGUCCAGUACACGCGGUCGAGUUUUCCACAGGACCGUUAGCUCAAUUUCCAUGGGAGUAUCCAAAUGAUCAUGAAUUUGAUCUGGAGGAUCCUUACAUUCGAAUUGCCCCGAAAAGCUACCACGUGUUGCAUGACAAGCACCUUAGGAAGUACUGGACUGAAGUACUCAAAAAGAACUUGAAACAUCAUGGCUUAAUCAGUGAAAAUGAGCGAGUUCUGUGUACGCUUAUGGAGCUUAAUCGGUUUCGAAGUUUUCUAUCCCACCACCACCGAUUGCAUGUACUGGAACUUUUGCAUCAAAUGCAAAGCGAAAAAGCAAAUGCCGUACACUGUAAGCAAAUGCAAACUCAUCUAAAGAAUGCCGUAGACUUUUGUGAGAAAUUGGCAACGAUACGUGAUCGAUCUGAUAGAAUUUAUAACAAGAAAAUGGAUCAGUGGAAAACAGCAGUAGAGAAAUGUAAUCAACAAACGGACAACAUUAUUAAAAAAUUUGAGAUGCAAAAGCAAAAGAACAUGACUGAGGGACAUCUGCGCGACUUGAAAAACAAAAAACGGUAUUGCGACCUGUUAGCACUUCGAAAAAGAAAAAAUCUUGUACUUAGGAGAAAACUAAAAGAAAGGGAUGUUGCGCUACAGCAGCGAAUGAUGAACAACAAACGAAGGAGUCAAGAGAUAAAAACUAGAAUGAAAAUUGAACACUUUCGAAUGCACUACCUAGCAUAUCUAAAAGAACGAAACGAAAAUAGGCAAUACUUGGAAUCAUUUCUCACCCAAAUGCACCAUAAAGUGCAGGAUCGAAAGGAAAUGUACGAUCGGAAACACAAAAAGCUGGAACAAGACUUAGUGCGACGGAAAACGAGAUAUCUAGCCAGCAAGUACUAUCGGCGUAGUAAGGCAUUGCUCGUGAAAGCACUGCUGAGGGAAUGUAAGAAAAGUGUCUGUGCAAAGUCAUUCGGCAAGACCUCUGCCAUGGUAAAUGAGAAGAUUGAGCGUGCGAUCGAUGCGGCCUAUGCCAUUCACACUACGAUUAGUCCUACUACCAGCAGCACGCAGAUAAUCGAUACGGCAAGCCAAUUUAUACUGGACUUGCAUGACGGUCCAAUCGAACCCUUACCACAGGACUCGCUGAUAACUGGUUAUGUUAUCGAGCGAUUGCGUGAGAUGAUGCAUCAGAUCAUUCAGAAAUCGGUCCAGGAAGCUCUGACACUCAUAGAACAGGUAGCCGCUCGGAAAUCCAAAUCACUGAACCGAGACGACCAGUCAAUCAGGUCCUCACUUUCCAACCAAGGAAGCAUAGCAAGGUUAGCCUCCUUUCAGGUGCGUGUUGAACAUCCGAAACUGUCACGUGUGUCCAUGGGACCGGCUUCGAUCGUCGAGCAGUACGAAACCGAAAGUUUUACAUUGAAAAAGUGCAAGUAUCGACCUCCAACGCCCGUUACCUCCGUAACGUCGCUCGUCGAGCACACUUUUCAUCAAUCGAAAGAAGAGCGAAUUAGCAUCAGUGCUCUAGAAGUGAGUACCGAAGCGGCACUGGACGUGUUGAGGCGAAUCCAUUCUGAGUCCAACCCACUCAUACACGUGAUGUACAGUCAGCGACGAUACUUGGAGGCUAAUCUGUUGAAGUAUCGCAUGAUUCUACAACCCUACGUAGUACAGCGCGUUUUGGCCGCAAUCGAUCUUGAUAGGCUAACGACGGUCAGUUGCGUGGAAGUUGCUGAUAGUGGAGCAACCAAGAGAGAAGCAAUCUUGCGGCUCACGGCAAGCGCUUUACUCAAGUUCCCUGAUAGCAGUCAUCAGUAUGCGGUCGCUCUGUUUGACACAGUCAAUUUCCUAUCAAGACAAGCUAUUGGACAAGUUCAGCAAAUAUUAAGCGCUCCAUAA